AAAUCUACACUGAGGGAAAGGUGUCAGAAAAUGAAUGAGGGAAUCUCCCAUCCUGGAACCUCAGUCCUUCUGAAUGAGAUCUACACAGAGCUGUACAUCACAGAGGGAGGGAGUGGAGAGGUCAAUAAUGAACAUGAGGUCAGACAGAUUGAAGCAGCAUCCAGGAGACCAGCAACACAGGAGACACCCAUCAAAUGUAACGACCUCUUUAAAGACCAGUCCAUCAGAACUGUGCUGACUAAAGGAGUUGCUGGAAUUGGAAAAACAGUCUCUGUGCAGAAGUUCAUUCUGGACUGGACUGAAGGAAAAGCCAAUCAGGAUGUUCUCUUCAUAUUUCCACUUCCUUUUAGAGAACUGAAUCUGAUGAAAACCGAAAAUCUCAGUCUGGUGGAGCUUCUUUAUCAGUUUUUUAAAGAUACAAAACACUUAAAACCAGGAGAUUAUCAUCGUUACAAAGUCAUGUUCACCUUUGAUGGUUUGGAUGAAUGUCGACUUCCUCUAGAUUUCCAGAACAAUAAGAGAGUAUCUGAUGUAACACAGUCAGUCUCAGUGGAUGUGCUGCUGACAAACCUCAUCCAGAAAAACCUGCUUCCCUCUGCUCUCCUAUGGAUAACUACUCGACCAGCAGCAGCCAAUCAGAUCCCUCCUGACUGUAUUGAUCAGGUAACAGAGGUACGCGGGUUCAGUGACCCUCAGAAAGAGGAAUACUUCAGGAAAAGGAUCAGAGAUCAGAGCCUUGCUGAAAGAAUCAUUACACACAUGAAGUCCUCCAGAAGCCUCUACAUCAUGUGCCACAUCCCAGUCUUCUGCUGGAUCUCAGCCACUGUUCUAGAGAGGAUGUUGGGUGAAGCAGAGGGAGGAGAGAUCCCCAAGACUCUGACUCAAAUGUUCACACACUUCCUUAUCUUUCAGAUCAAACACCGCAGCCAGAAGUACCAAAGAAAAAGUGAUGUUGAUCUUGACCAGACUAGAGAGAUUAUUCUGGCUCUGGGAAAACUGGCUUUCCAACAGCUGGAGAAAGGAAACCUGAUCUUCUAUGAGGAAGAUCUGAGAGAGUGCAGCAUUGAUGUCAGAGAAGUGUCCGUGUACUCAGGAGUGUGCACCCAGAUCUUCAGACAGGAGUUUGAACUUCACCUGGGGAAGGUUUUCAGCUUUGUGCAUCUGAGUGUUCAGGAGUUUCUGGCUGCUUUAUAUGCGUUUCUGUCCUUCAUCUCCAACAACAGAAAUGUGCUGCAACAGAAACACAGUGGAUUUGGUUUCGAGAAAAAGGGAACAAUGUCUGACUUCCUGAAGAGAGCCGUGGACAAGGCCUUACAGAGUGAGAACGGACACCUGGACCUUUUCCUCCGAUUCCUUCUGGGUCUCUCACUGGAGUCCAAUCAGACUCUCUUACGAGGUCUUCUGAUACAGACAGAGAACAUCUCUCACAGUAAAGAGGAAGUAGUGGAGUACAUCAAGCAGAAGAUCAGGAAGAAUCCCUCUCCAGAGAAAACUAUCAGUCUGUUCCACUGUCUGAAUGAACUGAAUGAUCAUUCUCUAGUGCAGGAAGUCCAGAAAUACCUGAACAGAGGACGUUCCAGUGAUCUCAGUGGAGUUACUCUCUCUCCUGAUCAGUGGUCAGCUGUGGCGUUUGUGAUGCUGAAUUCAGAAGAGGAGCUGGAUGAGUUUGACCUGAGUAAAUUUCAGAAAUCAAAAGAAUGCCUUCUGAGGCUGCUACCAGUGGUGAAAGCAUCCAGGAAGGUUAUGCUGCAGGAGUGUAAUCUAUCAGAUAAAAGCUGUGCAGAUCUGGCCUCAGCUCUCAGCUCAAACUCCUCAUCUCUGAGAGAACUGAACCUGGGUAAUAAUAAUCUGCAGGAUUCAGGAGUGAAGCUGCUCUCUGCUGGACUGAAGAAUCCACACUGUAAACUGGAGACACUGGAGCGAGAUGGACUGCACACCAACAAGAGGGGAGUCAAAUUCCUGUCACAGAACAUCAUUUUUUCUCUGUGCAACUUCUCUGUUCCCACUGGUGAAGACACGUCAGCUUUAACACCCAAGGACACUGUCUGCACUACAGAGACACAACAUCCUCCCCCCACAGAGACUGCGGAGUUAUCGGAUGGGAGCCAUGUUCUGCUGUAUCAGCUGCCGGAAACACCGCAACUGCAUGAGCACUCCACACCAUCCUCCAUCUCCACCUCAUCAUCAUCAUCCUCCAUCUCCACCCCAUCAUCACCCCACCUGAACUUCCCAGCAACCAUGGAGAAGCUGGUAUCUGCAGGGACAAGGCUGACGCUUUCUCUGUCAGCGAGUCCUCAGGUACAGCGGAAAAUCAGCACAACUUCUCCUCCACAGUCACCUACUGCCUCACGGACCCAGCAACCCCCAUCCUCACCACCACUACACUCCCCAAUCAAGGAGUUAGAAAAGGGGACCAAAAUGAAGCCCAGUGAACAUGAACAUGAAGUAUUAAACAAAAACCUCCUACAACCCAAAAAGAAGAGACAAGCUCCUAAACCACCGGACAGACAGCUCCGCUCUCGACUUCUUCACCAGCAGGAGCCCCUCCCACCUCCCUCCACCAUAAGGGAAGAGGCCGCCACAAGUAAUCCAGCAAACUGAUAUCUUUUGGGUCCGUGCUGCUACAAUGGUGAUGUCAGCAGUACAUGUUUUCAAAACAAGUACGGACCCUGUGUGCCAGUUAUCUCCCCCAUUCCAGUUCUUAUCAGAAGCAGAAAGAACAGGGAGUAUAGGUCAGAAAAUGUGAAUAUAUCCAACCUGCAGUAUGUAAAUUGUAACCCACAGUCUUUGGAACAAAACGCACAGGGUAUUAAAUUAGCUCUGCUAAAUAUCAGAUCUCUUACAAACAAGUCUUAUCUAAU